AUGGACAUUGAGAAUAAUGGUAUAUAUAUUGAAGAUAGUUCCAACACUGAGGGUAUCAAGAAAUCACUUAGAGACAACAAGGUGUAUAUUGUAUCUAUGACACUCGUUGCUAAUAUUAUACUAUUUUACAGCCUCCAUCUACUAAAUGCGAGAUUCUGUGAAGCGUUUCCAUUCGUUUUACCUCGUUCAGAAAAGUACACAUUACAACAAUCAGACUCAAACAUUGGUGAUUUUGUCAAUAGUUUUGCAAAUAAAGAGAUCUUUAGUCAGAUACAAUUUUCGGAACACGCAUUUUACGAUCGAGAAUUAAAUGUGGUUGGGACAAUUGAGUUUUCCAAAUACAACCAGUAUCAAAAACAACCAUAUGUUGCUAAUGGUUACAUUGGAAGUAGAAUUCCCAACUUGGGACAGGGGUUUACCUAUGAUCAAUUAACUAAUUCACCGGAUUCAAAGAAAGACGAUUUGUACAAUGGAUGGCCAUUAUUUGACAAGAGAUUUUCAGGAGCUUUUAUAGCAGGUUUUUAUGACCUUCAAGAAAACACUACCGGAAACAACUUUCCCGAACUAUUAAAAAAUGGGUAUGAAAGUGUGAUAUCAGCCGUACCGCAAUGGACGACAUUGAAGUUGGUGAUUCAUCGCGAUAGCAAGAAUUAUACAUUAGACCCUUCCUCACCUGAUGGUAUAGGAGAAAUAACAAAUUAUGUUCAAAACAUGUCUUUAUCCACAGGUAUUGUAACCACACAAUUUACUUGGCUAGACUUACUAGAUGUUAAAUAUACUGUUCUUGCUCAUAGGUCGGAAAUUAAUUUGGGCUUAGUUAAAGUGGACAUUCAGAAUAAGGGAAAUGAUACAAUAGAAUUAGAUGUGAUAGAUGAGUUGAACUUUGACACAGCCCAAAGAUGUGAGUUGAAUCUGAUUGGUCAUGAUAAUUCUGGUAUAUACGUAUCAUUCCUGCCACUUAACCUAGACUACAUAUCAGGUGCGAUUUAUUCAACGCUUCAUCUCGAUGACAUUACCCGUCGUUCAAACAAUAAACAAACAAAACAAACUUCACUGAUUCGAUUGAAUGCACAAGACUCCACUCAAUUUGGAAAGACAGUUGGCAUUGCUUCCACAGACCUAAAUCCUUCGAAGUUUGAAAACACAAGAGAUACACUUCAAUUUGCAAAAAAGGUUUCUCAAAAAUUUGAAUAUUUGGAUUUGAUCAUUAAAUCUCAUGUGCAAGCAUGGAAGGAGGUGACGGGAAAAGCUCCCUCAUUAUCAUUCCCUAAUGAUCCAUUAUUGGACUUGGGAUCUAAAGCUUCAGUCUACCACUUGCUAGCCAACACGCGAGCAGAUGCACAAGGAUUGACUGGAGCACUCGGAGUUGCUGGUUUAAGCUCAGACAGUUACGGGGGUAUGGUUUUCUGGGAUACCGAUUUUUGGAUGUUCAAAGCCAUUUUGGCUCUUAAUCCUAGCCACGCAAAAAGUAUAGUAAAUUACAGAGUGCACACACACGAACAGGCUUUGAAAAAUACCCCCCUGGGUCACGAAGGCGCUGCUUAUCCAUGGACAAGUGGAAGGUUUGGAAACUGUACAGCAACUGGCCCUUGUUUGAAUUAUGAGUACCACAUUAAUUCAGCCAUUGCAAUGGCAGCGUGGGAAUUAUACCUUAGUGGUGCAGUGGAUGACCAAUACUUGGAAAGCACAGUGUACCCCUUGAUCAAUGAUGCAGCAAAGUUUUAUGCUGACUAUGUGACGAGUUACAAUGAUACAAUUGAUAAAUUUGUCACCAACAAUCUCACAGAUCCGGACGAGUAUGCCAAUCACGUGGACAAUGGAGCCUAUACAAAUGCAGGUAUUGCGCUACUUAUGAAAUGGAUCAAUGACAUUGGCGAUGUACUAAAUGUCAAAAUGCCUGAAAUAUACACCGAAAUUUCUCAAAAGAUGUAUCUCCCCACUGCUAACAACUCACAGAAUAUCACAUUGGAAUACUCAGGAAUGAAUUCAUCUGUAGGUAUUAAGCAAGCAGACGUUGUGUUGUUGACGUAUCCUUUACAGAAUAGUUUGGUCGAUGACGAACAGGCUUACACGAACAUGGAAUUUUAUUCUGGAAAGCAAGUGAGUUACGGACCGGCAAUGACAUUUUCGAUAUUUUCCAUUGUUGCUGCAAAUUUGGCCAGUAGUGGUUGUGCAUCGCAAUCAUACUUGCACAAGGCAAUGCAACCGUACUUGCGGGGACCAUUUGCUCAGUUUUCGGAGCAAAAUAACGAUGAUUACAAGUCAAAUGGAGGCACCCACCCGGCUUUCCCAUUCUUGACUGCACAUGGAGGAUUUGUACAGGCAGUGAUUCAUGGAUUGGCCGGGUUAAGACAUUCUUACGCUAUCGAUGAUGGUAAAAUCUCUCGGUCGUUAUUUUUGGACCCAAUUGCAUUGCCAUGUUUGGGCAAUGGAGUUCAAUAUAGCGGUAUUCAUUAUGAUAAUCACACCAUUUCGAUGAAUAUUACCGAAUCGACAUUCACAAUUAAAAAUGAAGGAAAGACAAAUAAUAGGGCAAACGAUUACAUAUCUAUCACAAUUGCCGACAGAAAUCCCGGUCGUGGAACUUACAAGUUGAACGAUAACGAAGAAAAGUCAUUUAAAUUAUACCAACCUAACAAGAAUUUCGAAGACAGUAUAUCUGAAUGUGGUUUGGCAACUUUUUACAACAUCACUGAGAGUGCACCUGGUGAUUCAUCAUUUCUGAUUAAUGACGGCGAUAAUACAACCAGAUGGCAAGCCAAGUAUAAUGACACGACUGGGAAAGUUUUGAUUGACUUGCACUCGAUUAAGAAUAUCACUGGAGUCAUAUUUAACUGGGCCGACAAACCACCCAAGAAAGUUACACUUCUGAAGUAUCUGGAUACGAAAUUUAAAGCAGUCACCGAUUUCUUAGCAAAGGUGGACUUUGGUAAUCCAGUUUACAAGAAUUAUCGCUUUGCCAAUCCUGAUGAGAAAUUGUUGAAUCAGAGUGAUGCAUUUGAAGAAGUUCAUUCCGAGGAUGUUCUCAUAAGUGCACCAUUCUCCAAUAAAGAAUUUGAAAAAGUUUUAGUUCCUGUACGGCAUAAUACAACUUCCUGGGAUAUCAAUUUAAAAACCAGGUUCCUUCUACUAGAGGUUGAUAGUAUUCAUAAUACAGUACCGAUAGAAGAUGACUACGGAGGGGCCAAGAUUGCUGAAGUUAGCUUUUUUUAA